CAGCCAAAGUUUUUCAAAGAAUCUCAGUCGUGGAGGAUCCGCGGUGGUGGCUGAGCUGCGGAGGACUUUUUUUUUUACCCCCCCCAACAACCCCCUGCCAAUUUCUUACGGGACUUAACGCGACUUCCUUCCCGGUCGACUUUAUGACAAAGGAAGAAGCAUCGUGGCCACCACACUCCGGAGCCUUCUUUCUCACGCCAAUUUGAUACCUGAAGGAUGUAUUUGUACUGAAAGGGCGCCACAAAGUGCCGGAAACUUUUUUUUCCAGCGAAAUGGAAGGGAAUAUUCCGUGGAUUAUUUUGUCUUGUUUAUUGUCGAUGCAUCUUUCUGAAGGUUUCCGAUGCACAGAUAAAUCCAGGCCGUGUGAAAACGGAGGGACGUGCAUAGAGUCGGCCUCCCGAUGCAUAUGCCGUCCGGGAUUCAUCGGUUCGCUCUGUCAGCAUCAGGAUCCCUGCCGUCGAUCGCCGUGUCUUAACGGGGCCGCUUGCAAGAGCCAAGUGGCCGACGGUAUCCCGCAGUACAACUGCGUCUGCCAGAGGGGGUUCAGAGGCCAAGAUUGCUCGCUCAUUGACGCCUGCGCCACGAGUCCUUGUGCCAACGGCGCCCGCUGUGCCAACUGGAACAAUCACUACAACUGCUCCUGCCCACCUGGCUUCCAGGGAAAGAAUUGCCGCAGCGACGUGGACGAGUGCCGCAAGCCCGGCGCUUGCCUCAACGCGGGCCUUUGUAUCAACACCCACGGGUCCUUCCGCUGCCAGUGCCCGCCCGGGUACAGCGGGCGCACGUGCGAGGUGUCCACCCAGCCCUGCGCCCCCUCGCAGUGCCUCAACGGAGGCACUUGUCGCCAGACCAGCGACCAUUCCUAUGAAUGCGCAUGCCUGCCAGGCUUCGAGGGACACAACUGUGAGAAUAACGUGGAUGACUGCCCGGGCCACAAGUGUAUGAAUGGCGGCAUAUGCGUGGAUGGAGUCAACACGUACAAUUGCCAGUGUCCGCCUGAAUGGACAGGCCAGUACUGCGCCGAGGACGUCAACGAGUGUCUCAUGCAGCCAAACGCCUGCCACAACGGGGGGACGUGCUUCAACACCAUCGGGGGCCACACGUGCGUCUGCGUCAACGGUUGGACGGGCGACGACUGCAGCGAGAACAUCGACGACUGCGCCAUCGCCGUUUGUUUCAACGGGGCCACGUGCCACGACCGAGUCGCCUCCUUCUUCUGCGAGUGCCCGGUCGGAAAGACGGGUUUGCUGUGCCACCUUGAGGACGCUUGCGUGAGCAACCCCUGCAACGAGGGAGCCGUGUGCGACACCAAUCCCCUCAACGGCCGUGCCAUUUGCACCUGCCCUGCCGGCUUUGUGGGAGGCGCUUGUAACCAAGACAUGGACGAAUGCUCCAUCGGCGCAAACCCAUGCGAGCACUUCGGCAAGUGCGUCAACACCGAGGGCUCGUUCCAAUGUCAAUGCGGCCGGGGAUACGCUGGCCCGCGUUGCGAGAUCGACAUCAACGAAUGCUUGUCCACGCCUUGUCAGAAUGACGCCACUUGCCUCGACCGCAUCGGAGAGUUCACUUGCAUCUGCAUGCCAGGCUACACGGGGACUUACUGCGAGACCGACGUCGAUGACUGCGAGAGCAACCCGUGUGUGAACGACGGCAUCUGUCGGGACAUGGUCAACGGCUUUGCGUGCACCUGCCAACCUGGCUUCACCGGCACCAUGUGUCAGAUCGACAUCGACGAGUGCGCCAGCACGCCCUGCCAGAACGGCGCCAAGUGCUACGACCGACCCAACGGCUUUGAGUGCCGAUGUGCCGAAGGAUAUGAAGGUACGCUCUGCGAGAGCAACAUCAACAACUGCCAGCCCGACCCGUGCCACCACGGCACCUGCGUGGACGGCAUCGCCAGCUAUACCUGCAACUGCGACGCCGGGUACACGGGCUACCGCUGCGAGAACCAACUCAAUGAGUGCCACAGCAACCCUUGCCAGAACGGAGGCAAGUGCGUGGACCUGGUCAACAAAUACAUCUGCCAGUGCCAACAUGGGACAUCAGGCACCAACUGUGAGAUCAAUUUCGACGAUUGUGCCAGUAACCCGUGUGACUAUGGCAUGUGCAAAGAUGGCAUCAACCGCUACGACUGCGUUUGCAAGCCUGGCUUCACCGGUGCCAAGUGCAACGUGGAGAUAGACGAGUGUGCGUCGAGCCCCUGUCGCAACGGAGGCACGUGCGUGGACGAGGAGAAUGGCUUCCACUGCCAGUGCCCGGAGGGAUUCAAGCCGCCGUACUGCUACUCGCAGGUGGAUGAGUGCGGCAGCAGCCCCUGCAUCCAUGGGGCGUGCAGGGACGACAUCAACGGGUAAGCGCGCAAAGACGACGUGCAUUUUGAAUUUUAAAUAAACGAACAAACAAAAAAAAUCAUAUCGUCGCUGUCCUGUGAAAAACACGUCAAUUCUUGUCAUUAAAAAAAAAAAAAAAAAUCUAUGAAUUGUUCCCUCGUUAGGUAACCUUGCCAAGUGAACAUCAACGAGUGCGCGUCCAGUCCCUGCCUGAACAAAGGCACGUGUGUGGACGGCGUGGCCAGCUUCACCUGUCUAUGCGAGCUUCCCUACAACGGACCCACAUGCGCCGAAGUGCUCACCCCGUGCUCCCCGAACCCCUGCGCAAAUCAGGCCGUCUGCACCCACACCCCAGACUACCUGGGCUACCAGUGCAACUGCCAAUCCGGUUGGCAAGGGCAACUGUGUAACAGGGACGUGAACGAAUGCCUCUCCAAUCCCUGCAAGAACCGCGGGACCUGCUCCAACACGUUCGGUUCUUUUGUGUGCUCCUGCAGGCCCGGUUUCACCGGGUCCACUUGCGACACGGACAUCAAUGACUGCUCCCCCAAUCCGUGCCUCAGCGGAGGCUCCUGCGCGGACAGCGUCAACUCUUUCCACUGCAGCUGCUUGCCGGGCUUCACCGGGCCUCGCUGCGCUCAGGAGAUCAACGAAUGUCAGAGUCUGCCCUGCAAGAACGGCGGCACGUGCACCGACUACGUCAACUCCUACACGUGUACCUGCAGGCCCGGCUUCACUGGCAUCCACUGCGAAACCAACAUACCGGAUUGCACGGAAAGCUCGUGCUUCAAUGGAGGGACGUGCACAGAUAAGAUCAACGGCUACUCCUGUAUGUGCCGUUCAGGCUUCACCGGCUCGCACUGCCAGUACGAGGUCAACGAGUGUGACUCGCAGCCUUGCCUCAACGGGGGUCUCUGUCAAGAUGCCCUGGAGUCUUUCCGCUGCACCUGCCCCAAAGGCUACGCUGGCACGCGCUGUCAGAUGCCGGUUGACUGGUGCAGGCGCUCCUCCCCGUGCCAGAAUGGCGGACGCUGUCGGCAAAAAGACUCGGCCUUUGUCUGUGAGUGCGCUCACGGCUGGUCUGGACGUUAUUGCGACAUUCCCCGGGUUUCCUGUGAGACAGCAGCUCGCCAGAGAGGACUCCAGACAGACGAAUUGUGCCACCACGGCGGCCACUGCGUCAACACGGGCAACACGCAUUACUGCAAGUGUCCCGGCGACUACACCGGCAGCUACUGCGAGAGCCAAGUGGACCACUGCGAGGACAAACCCUGCCGCAAUGGCGCCACCUGCAGGGGAUACGUUGGAGGAUAUCAGUGUGACUGUAUGCCGGGCUUCACUGGUCAGAACUGUGAGAUGGAGGUCAAUGAGUGUCAAUCUCAUCCUUGCCAAAAUGGAGGCACGUGUAUCGACCUGGUCGGGCAUUACAUCUGCUCCUGUCCUCCUGGCACUCUGGGUGUCCUCUGCGAGAUCAACGAAGAUGACUGCGCCCCGCCAAUGAGGCCUCGCGGCGCUCCCCCCAAGUGCCUCAACAACGGCACCUGCGUGGACCGAGUGGGCGGGUACCGCUGCAACUGUCCGCCCGGGUUUACAGGCGAGCGGUGCGAGGGCGACAUCAACGAGUGUCUCUCCAGUCCUUGCAGCCCCUCCAACAGCCUAGACUGCAUCCAGAUGCCCAACGACUACCAGUGUGUUUGCAAGGCCGGUUUCACAGGUCGAAGGUGCCAGAACAGGUUCAGCGCAUGUGAAUCUCAGCCUUGUCAAAACGGAGGCGCGUGCUCUGCUUCCACUUCUGUUGUUGGCUACACGUGCACAUGUCAGCUUGGCUACACGGGCCCCAACUGCGAGCGAAGCAUGUCCUGCCGCGAGCUGUCUUGCUACAACGGCGGAAGCUGCGCUCUCACCACGCGAGGGGCCCGCUGCACCUGCCUGCCCGGUUAUGGCGGGCCUCAGUGCGCCCACCGCAGCAACGAAGGCUGCUCCUCACAGCCGUGUCGCAACGGCGGCCUGUGUACCGAAGAGACCGCCUUCCCGUUCUUCCACUGCCAGUGUCCCAGCGGCUGGACGGGCAAACGGUGCGAGCAGGCCGGCCGGGUCAACGAGACCCCGGCCCUGUCGUGUCCGCUGGCCGACUGCCACGGAAAAGCCAACGACGGCGUGUGCGACAAGGAGUGCAGCACGUUGGCGUGCCGCUGGGAUGGCGGCGACUGCUCCUUGGCGGUCAACCCCUGGGCCCGGUGCGCGGACCCCCGUUGCUGGCGCGUGUUCAACAACAGCCAGUGCGACGAGUCGUGCAACAACGCAGACUGCUUGUAUGAUAACUUUGACUGCAAAACCAAGGAGAAAGUUUGCAACCCAAUCUACGAGACCUACUGCAUCGACCACUAUGCCGACGGCCUGUGCGACCAAGGCUGCAACACGGAGGAGUGCGGCUGGGACGGCCUGGACUGCGCUCAAAAGGUUCCCGAAGACAUCGUGGACGGCGCCUUAGUUCUGGUGGUGCUGCUCCCUCCGGAGGAGCUUCUGCGCACCAGCACGGCCUUCCUCGUCAAACUGAGCGCCAUCCUUCACACCACGCUGCGCUUCCGGCUGGACCACAACGGCGAGGCUAUGAUCCGGCCCUACACCCGGCGAGAGGCGCGGCUCAAGCGGGAGCUUCAGCCUCAACAGGAGAUUAUUGGCUCCAUCGUCUACCUGGAAAUAGACAACCGCUUGUGUACUGACGACUGCUUCCCGUCGGCUGAGAGCGCCGCGGACUACCUCGGAGCCUUGUCGGCCGUUGAAAUGCUGCGCUUCCCGUACCCGCUCAAAGAAGUCCGCGGAGAAAAGAUCGUGGACGAUCCGGACCCCAUUCCUCAAUGGGGCAAACUGAUGCUGGUCAGCAUCGCUUCGCUUUUCCUGCUGGUCAUCAUGGUGUUAGGCAUGCUGAUUUCCCGCAGAAAGCGUGAGCACAGCACGCUGUGGUUCCCGGAGGGCUUCUUCCUCAAGAAGGAGCCCAGCAGCAACAAGAACCGCAGGGAGCCGGUGGGCCAGGAUGCUCUUGGAAUGAAACACAUGCCCAAAACGGUUGAGGAAUCUCUCCUUGGAGAUCACAGCGACCAGUGGAUCGAUGCCGAAUGCCCAGAACCCAAAAGAUUGAAGAUGGAGGAGCCAAGCAUGCUGUCAGACGGAGAGGACGCCGUCGAUAGCCGACAGUGGACGCAACAUCACCUGGCAGCGGCCGACAUCCGCAUGCCGCCCACCAUGGCGCUCACCCCGCCGCAAGGGGAGUUUGAAAGCGACUGCAUGGACGUUAACGUCCGAGGUCCAGACGGCUUUACUCCGCUGAUGCUGGCGUCGUUCUGCGGAGGCGGCCUGGAGCCCGAGAUCACCGAGGAGGAGGAGAGCGAGGAGUGCUCGGCCAACAUCAUCUCCGACCUCAUCUACCAGGGCGCGUCACUCGCCGCCCAGACGGAUCGCACGGGCGAGACGGCGCUCCACCUGGCUGCCCGUUACGCCCGCGCCGACGCCGCAAAGAGACUCCUGGACGCCGGGGCGGACGCCAACGCGCAGGACAACACGGGACGCUCGCCCCUGCACGCUGCCGUGGCUGCGGACGCGCAAGGAGUGUUCCAGAUCCUGAUCCGAAACAGGGCCACAGAUCUUGACUCGCGCAUGUACGACGGCUCCACGGCGCUCAUCCUGGCCGCCCGUCUGGCGGUGGAGGGAAUGGUGGAGGAACUCAUCACUUGCCACGCAGAUGUCAAUGCAGUCGAUGAACUGGGUAAAUCCGCAUUGCACUGGGCCGCUGCUGUUAACAACGUGGACGCGACGAUUGCCUUGCUGAAGAAUGGCGCAAACAAAGACAUGCAAGAUCUUAAGGAGGAGACGCCUCUCUUCCUAGCCGCUCGCGAGGGAAGCUGCGAGGCCGUCAAAGUUCUGCUGGCUCACUUUGCCAACCGCGAGAUUACGGACCACAUGGACAGGCUGCCCCGAGACAUCGCUCAGGAGCGCAUGCACCACGAUAUCGUGCAGCUCCUGGACGAGUACAACACUGUGAGGAGCCCCCAGGGCCACGGUGGGCCCGGACUCCACCUCUCCAGCGGGCACACCCUGUCGCCCCUCAUGUGCCCGCCCAGCGCCUUCCUGCCCAGCCUGAAGACCACCCCGCAGGGUAAGAAGAACCGCCGGCCGGGGGCUAAGGGCUCCGGCCUGGGGGGUCAGCACGCCGGCGGUCUGAAGGACUCGGUCAAGGCCCGCAAUAAGAAGCUGAGCUUGGACAUGCAGAGUGCCCUGCUGGAGAGCUCGGUCACCCUCUCGCCAGUGGACUCGCUGGAGUCACCUCACGGGGGCGCCAGCAACGCCGGCUACAUCACCAACCCCACGUCCCCGGUGGCCAUGCCGUCCCCGGGGCUCUUCCACUCGUCACUGUCGGUCCCGAGCACGCCCAUGGUGCACGCUAGCAUGCUGGACAGCGGCAGCCCCUUCGCCGUGUCUCUGGCGCAGCUCAAUGACCUGGGCAAUGGUGGCAUGGCCCUGCAGGGACGAGUGUCCAUGGCAUCGGAUGUGGGCCACGGCUACGUGCUGAGCCCGUCGGGCCAGAUGGGGCUCAACAUGGGCCUGGUGAGCCCGGUCAGCGUGCCCUUCGAAUGGCACAGCCGGUCGCCCGUCUCCCAGUGCGGGCAGCAGGUGGUGAACCUGGUGCAGAGCAUGCCGCCGCCGCUGCAGCAAAGCAUGCAGCCGCCUCCGCCGCCGCAGCAGAACCUGCUGCUGCAUCAGCAGCAGAUGUACCGCGGCACCAUGUUGCAACCCACGCCCGUCACCUCCACGCCCAGCGUCAGCCCCGUCAAGCUGCCCACCAUCAGCGAGCAGCAGAUCAUGAGCCACUCCAUAAGCGGCCAGCAGAAUCUGGCCCGCAUGGCAUCGUCCACUCCGCCAACGCCGCAGACCUCGCAACCCCCACCGCCUUUCUUCCAACAGCCCCCUCCCCAGGCCCCGCCGGGCGUCGCCGUCGCCCCGCCCGCCCAAGCCCCGGCCCCCCAGCCGGGCUCCGCCGAGGAUUACCCCACCCCGCCCUCGCAGCACAGUUACACGUCGGCGCUCGACGCCACGCCCAAGCAUUACCUACACCUGCCUACUGAGCACCCCUACCUGACCCCUUCACCCGAGUCGCCCGAACCUUGGUCCAGCCCCUCCCCUCAGUGCGUGUCCGACUGGUCAGACUCAACCCCCAGCCCCGCCGUUGCUGUCGCCGGCUCUGCCCAGACCCAAAUUUCAAAAAUCCCAGAGGCCAACAAAAAGAUGCAGGUAUUUGCUUAAAGUUGCAGUUUGUGUGUCAGCCUGUUUCCAAGAUUUUUUAUUGGAUUUGGAUUGACUUGUUGUUUAUGCCGAGGACCGCUCGCGUGUUCUGUUUGCGGACGGCUUGUGAGACACAGUAAAGGCAAAACGUUUGUUGUCUGAAAAACCAGCAGACAAUUUAAUGAAGUAAUUCUGUCACAGAUGGACUUUAUUAUUAUAAAAAAAAAAAAAA